CCACGCAAGCCUGCCCCGGCCCUGUGCCCUGGCCGCCCCACGCAGCCUCCACUGUCUGGGACCCGUCUGUUGAGCAGUGCCCAGCCUGGCAAGAAGGCCAAGUCCUGCCCGCUGAGCCGGCCAGAUGUCACACGCUGUGCCCGGGCUGCCGGCCGCACAGUGAGAGGACUGCCUUGCUUCUCCCCAACCCCGGCUGCCUCAGUUUCCCUUCUCAAGAGAGGCAGGGGUCCGGGAGGUGAGCCACAGAAACCCCAAGAGGGCAUGUAAACCACCUGGGGACACAGGGCCCCUCUGUCAGGAUCAAUCACCCUAAGCCUGUCUGAGGAGCUACAGGCUUAGCAGCUGUGAAAGUCGCCUUUGUGCCUGAGGAAAAUGAGUCGAGAGAGGACCUGGGGCCCUGGCCCAGGGAGCCCCUCGGGCCCCAGCUCCUGAAAUCAGCACCAGCAGGGAGGACCCCCAGCCUGGCCCCCGAGGCCCACCCAGGCCUGGUGCCCACUUCAUGCCAUGGGAGCAGUCCAGGGAAAAAAGAAACGCUACAUGGUCACACUUCCAGCUGUGAAUCUCCAAAAGGAGACCAGUGGGCUACAGCAUGCCCUAAGGCGCCGUGCUUAAUUCUAUACUUUGGGAAAUGCCAACCGGUCCUAGAGAGCCUCUGAAGGCAGUGGGGCAAGACAGUAAGACAGCAAAAGUUUCCUGGGAAGAAAACACUUGAAGCUCCAUAAGAGAUGCCUAGAAUCAUGAAGGGUCAUGACUGCCCAGACCAGGGAGUCCGUGGAAGAAACAGGAACAAAGAAAGAAUACUCUCCUCAGGCCAUAUUUCAUAUCGAAAAUGAGAAGCAGAGGCUAAAUGGCUCAGCCUCAAUGUACUCGGAGAUCCAGAGGGAGCGGGCAGACAUCGGAGGCCUGAUGGCCAGGCCCGAGUACAGAGAGUGGAACCCGGAGCUCAUCAAGCCCAAGAAGCUGCUGAACCCCGUGAAGGCCUCCCGGAGCCACCAGGAGCUACACCGAGAGCUGCUCAUGAACCACAGAAGCUCCCCCCACCCCAGGGGCCUGGGCGUGGACAGCAAGCCGGAGCUGCAGCGUGUCCUGGAGCACCGCCGGCGAAACCAGAUCAUCAAGAAGAAGAUGGAGGAGCUGGAGGCCAAGCGGCUACAGUGCCCCUUUGAGCAGGAGCUGCUGAGACGGCAGCAGAGGCUGAACCAGCUGGAAAAACCACCCGAAAAGGAAGAGGACCGUGCCCCCGAAUUUAUUAAAGUCAGGGAAAACCUGCGGAGAAUCACCACGCUGACCAGUGAAGAAAGAGUGCUGUAGAGCUGCCUGUUGGAGAUCCAGGCCCCCCACAGCCCCCCCUUGGCCCCCACACCCUCCUGCAGUGCUUCUGUAUCUGGCAGCCCUGGGCCUUGGGACAUCUGUGAUGUUCACGCUGGCUCCUGUAAAAAUGCAUGCUCCAGAGAGCCUACCCGUCCAACUACUCCCACACCCCCAAAGUGGGGGGUCCCCAAGCUCCCAAGACUUUCCUUCUGAGCUCUCAUCCUUCCUGUUCCAAGAGGAAGCCACUGCUGGGAAAACUUUCACAAGGCACCUCUCCCUGAAGGGGCUUCGAGUCCUGAUGAGGGUUUUCUAGAAGAGCUGAGAAGGAGGGACAGGGGCCUCCCUGGUCUGACAAGCCCUCCAUUCUGCCCAGCCCCAUGGGCCCUGCUUCUCUGGUCUCACAGGUCUCAGAGAACUCCCCUGCCCAUGCUUUUACCUGCAGCCAGGUUUGGGGCAACUAAGGGGAGCAUCUCGGGGCACCUGCCUUGAAAGCCAACCAAGGGGAUAAUGGUUCAAGUGCAGCUGUGCUUGAAGAAGGACAAGACAGCCCACAGGUGGCCUUGUGGCUCACACCAUGCCAGGUGGGAAGAGCACUAACAAAGACAGCUUCUUAGAGUUUGCCAGCCUUACCCCCACACCCAUGCUUUUACAGUCUUUUCUCCUCUCCACAGCCCUCCCUGUCUGGACCUUGUAACUAUGCCUAGCCAGGGCUGCAGCCUUCCUGCUCCCAGAAGUGUAGAACAGUGCUUCUCAAACUUUAUCGUGCCUGCAAGUCACUAGGGAUCUUGUUAAAUUAAGGCUUCUGAUUCAGUAGACCUGUGACGGGGGCUGAGCUUCUGCAGUUCUAAUAAGCUCCUCGGCUCCUGGUCUGAGGACCACAUUCUAAGUAGCAAGGCUAGAGCAUCCAAGAAUGCUAAGUAUUGGAAACAUCAUCCCUAAAACCAUCUCUGCUCCCCAACUCCCAUGGACCUCAGCCCUGGGGGUUCCCACCCACCUCUGCAGGCCCCCGGGCUCUUAAUUAUCCAGCCCAUCCCAGGGACCCCAGGCCUGAGAAGACUUUUAACAUCUACAAAAUUGUGUCAGGUAUGUGAUUGUGGUUUUCAACAGAGAUGUAUAUAUUUGCCAAUCUGCAUUUCUUACCACGCUGUUGUGAUGCAAUUCUAGCCAAAAAAAAAAAAGAAGGUGGUUUUUUUUUGUUUCUUGUUUUAUUACCUUUUUCUAAAGCCUGUGGAGAGCAAAUACACAGUGCUGUCAAUAGGCUUCUGGAAACACAAACAAAUGGUUUGAAGGCCCCACUGCCACUCCUUUGAGUCCCCAUUUUCAGCCUCUGAACCUAAGACCCACUCCCUACCUUGUUUCUGCCACUUGGGUCAGCUCCAGUGACUUCACCCAUUUUUCCCUCAAAAAUCCCCCCGUGCAAUACCAAAUGUUUUAAUCUUUUGCUCCUAUCACAUUUUUAAAGAUUUAGAGAAUAAACAAGGCCUGUUUCUUUUUCCCCUGAAGAAUAAGACCCCUGCCUUUGGCUUUGUAAACCUGUCGUUUAAGGUGACAGGGCAGGGCUGGAAAAACAUUUUACACACACACACACACACACACACACACACACCCUGCCCAAACUGCCAGAAAGAACUGCCACUGGGAUGCAGUUUGAUUCUUGGACCAAACGCGGGACUUACAAGAGGAAUGAGGUCAUGCUGGUCUUCCACCUCAUUGGGUGUGAGGGUGACCGAAGAUGUUGUCCCUUUCCUGUGUGUGGUGCCAGUGUAGGGGUGUAAAUAGAGACAUGCUGCGUGUGUGUGUGUGUGUAAGCAGAGCUCUAAAAGGCUCUCAAAGGUGACUGUCUUACUGAGAAUGUGGUACUGCCAUUUUAAAUGACUGCCAGGCGAGAGUGAUGCUAGUGACGCACCAUCCCUAAGAAAGAGCACCGCUUCCCCAAAGAAGCUGCCUCAGCGGUCUGUGUGUCGUUCAGACAUGUGAAGAGAAGCAAGGCAGAGUGUCUAGGCUGGAGUAGGUCCCUCCAAGGGAAUGCUUGGGAUUUCACUCAGUCGUCGCAGGGUGCACCAUGGAGGCAGCAAGUCACAGAGACAAAGCUCCAGAAGUAGAAGGGAACUCAAGUACCACGUUGUCCAGUGGAGCCAUGGCAGACACGCUUGUUCACUCCCCGGUGGUCAGUCCCAACUCCUCUCUAAACUGUAGGGGUUGCAAAUCCAGGUUCUCACUGUUUCAGCCCCCUUUGCAGCUUGGGGUGAGCAUGUGACCAGGUAUGGCCAGUGAAAUUUAAGAGGCAGUCUACAGGGACUUCUGGGAAAGCUUCUGCUCUUCUGACAAAAGAGAGAGACAUGGAUAACACCUCUCUGCCCCUCCCUUCUUCCUGCCUUGAUUGAGGAUGUGAUGCCUGGAGCCACAGCAACCAUCUUGCUUCAAUGAGGAAAAGGCCAAGAGAAUCUGAAAGACAUUGACUCUAUCUAAUCUUUUGACCAAGCCAAUGCCAGCAGCCAUCCUCCUCCAGAAUUUCUGUAAAUAAAAAUAAAGCCCUUUUCGUUUAA